UCAACAAAACGCAACACAUGUGUGGAGGAAGAAGAAGCAUGUUGGUCUCACGUUCAUAGUCCUGGGAUUUAUAAAGAGUUAAAAAGGGAAUAUUAAUGUGCCGAAGUUAAUGAAUAUUUAGUAAAAUGAAGUUUGCUUAUAGGUUUUCCAAUUUGCUCGGCGCAGUCUAUCGCCAAGGAAAUUUGAACUUCACCAGAGAUGGCAACGCUGUUAUCAGUCCAGUUGGGAACAGAAUCUCUGUCUUCGACCUGAAGAACAACACGUCUGAGACGUUGCCGUUCUCCACGACAAAGAAUGUAACCUGUGUGGGUCUCUCUCCUGAUGGGAGCCUGGCGAUUGUUGUGGAUGAAGAUGGUGCAGCGGUGCUGGUCAGUCUCAUCACCAGAGCCAUCCUUCAUCAUUUCCACUUUCACAAACCUGUGAGCAGCAUCCGCUUCUCACCUGAUGGAAGGAAGUUCAUUGUAACAAAGGAAAAUGUGGCUCUGAUGUACCACGCUCCUGGGAAGAAGCGAGAGUUUAACGCCUUCGUCUUAGACAAGAGCUACUACGGUCCCUACGAUGAAACCACCUGCAUCGACUGGACAGACGACUCCAAGUGUUUUGUGGUGGGCAGCAAAGACAUGUCAACGUGGGUGUUCGGUGCAGAGCGCUGGGCCAACCUGAUCUACUACUCCCUGGGUGGACACAAGGACAUCAUCGUAGGCUGUUUCUUCGAAAAGGACAGCUUAGAUCUGUACACAGUGAGCCAGGACGGGACGCUGUGUGUGUGGGAGAGCGACACUGAGCUGGACGGCCUCAUUCUGAAGAAGAGCCAGGACAAACCCAAGCUCCCGAGACAAGGGGAGGAAGAGGAAGAAGAGGAGGGCGAGGAGAGGGACAAGGUGGAGGGAGAGGAGGGAGAGGUGAUCAGAGGGAAAGUUGAAACCGCCAAAGAGAGAGAGAAGAAGAAGAAGAAUGUUCGAUACAAGAUGAUGAGCAAACACUUUUUCAACAAAGAAGGGGAUUUUAACAACUUGACUGCUGCUGCGUACCACAAACCGAACCACAUCCUGGUCACAGGCUUCGCCUCUGGGAUAUUCCACCUGCACGAACUUCCAGAGUUUAACCUCAUUCACUCCCUGAGUAUUUCAGACCAGAGGAUUGCCUCGGUGGCUAUAAACAGCUCCGGAGACUGGAUCAGCUUUGGAUGCUCGCGGAUGGGCCAGCUGCUGGUGUGGGAGUGGCAGAGUGAGUCGUACGUGUUCAAGCAGCAGGGACACUUCAACAACAUGGCGUCGCUGGCUUACUCUCCAGACGGACAGUACAUCGUGACGGGAGGGGACGACAGCAAAGUGAAAGUGUGGAACACCAACACCGGCCUCUGUUUUGUCACAUUUACCGAACACACCAGCAGCGUCACUAACGUCACCUUCACCUCCAGCGGCUUCGUCAUCGUCAGCGCUUCUCUGGACGGGACGGUCCGAGCCUUCGACCUGCACAGAUACCGAAACUUCAGGACUUUUACGUCGCCUCGGCCUGCGCAGUUCUCCUCCCUUGCAGUAGAUGCCAGUGGGGAGCUGGUGAGCGCAGGAGCUCAGGAUUCCUUUGAGAUCUUCCUCUGGUCCAUGCAGACAGGCAGGCUGCUAGAGGUCCUGGCGGGUCACGAGGGUCCGGUGAGCUGCCUCUGUUUCAGUCCGGUUCAGUCCGUCCUGGCCAGCUGCUCGUGGGACCGAACCGUUCGGCUGUGGGACAUGCUGGACAGCUGGCAGACCAAGGAAACGCUCCCCCUCACAUCUGAUGGCUUGGCAGUGACGUACCGCCCUGACGGUCAGGAGUUGGCUGUGGCCACUCUGAACGGUGAGAUCUCUUUCUGGAACCCGCACACGGCCACACAAAAUGGCUCCGUUGCUGGACGACACGACCUGCAGACAGGCCGCAAGGAGACGGAUAAAAUCACAGCCAAGCAGUCCGCCAAGGGCAAGUCGUUUACAUCACUGUGUUACUCUGCGGACGGGGAGUCUGUUUUGGCUGGAGGUCAGGCCAAGUUUGUCUGCAUCUACAACAUCAAGGAGCAGAUGCUCAUAAAGAAGUUUGAAAUCUCCUGCAACCUGUCCUUCGACGCUAUGGAGGAGUUCCUGGACAGGAGGAAGAUGACAGAGUUCGGGAGUCUGGCUCUGGUGGAUGAAGGAGCCGGGGACGGAGACGGAGUCAGCGUCAGCCUCCCUGGAGUCAGGAGAGGUGACAUGAGUUCUCGUCAUUUCAAACCUGAGAUCAGAGUGAGCUCGCUGCGGUUCUCCCCUACUGGUCGCAGUUGGGCGGCCACCACCACUGAGGGCCUGCUGGUCUACUCCCUUGACGGGUCACUGGUUUUCGACCCGUACGACCUGGACCUAGACGUGACACCAGCCAGCAUACGCAAGCAGCUGCGCCUUCAGGAGUGGGCGUCGGCCAUAGUUCUGGCGUUCAGACUCAACGAAAAAGCCCUCAAGCAGGAAGUGUUGGAGAAGGUCCCACAUGAGCAGAUCCCGGUGGUUUGCGGCUCUCUUCCUGACAUUUAUGUCGAGAAGCUGCUGGGUUUCAUCGCCACGUGUUUGGAGAAGUCGGGCCACUUGCAGUUCUAUAUGACCUGGGCCCAGAACCUGCUCAUGCUGCACGGACAGAAACUGAAGAACAGGUCUGGAGCCAUCCUGCCCACGCUGCAGGCGCUGCAGAAGAGCAUCCAGAGGCACUUCGACGACCUCUCCAAGCUCUGCGACUUCAACAUGUACAACAUCCGCUAUGCCGUGGCCCUCUCAAAGCAAAGAGGCUUAAAGAGGGCAGCUGAGGAGGAGACAGAGGACCAGGGGGAGGAGGAUGAAGACCUGUCUGAGGAGAUGAGCGAGGCUUCUUUAGAGGAUGCAGAAAUGAUGCUGUAGGCCACUUCAGUGCCACAGCAUGACACAUGUUGGACUGUAAAAGAAAAACAGAUUUUUGUGUACUUGGAUGUGAUGUUUUAGAGUUCUUUUAUAAUUAAAUUCAUAUAUAACUGUG